GCAUCAAAUCCUAAAUCUAUCUUCUUUUUCUCUCAUUUUCAUCAUCAUAGCGACAUUACAUAUCACACUCUGUUUCUCACUUUCUCUCUCUUUCAUAUUCUCUCCUUUAAUUCAGAUCUAACUUUCAAUUCAUAAUAAUAAUGCAAUUUCAAUAACACUCUUCACUGAUCAAUAUUCAAUUUUUUAAAGUAAAAUCUGAAUCCAGUAAUGAUGUCGAGGAGACCUGGAACUUCUUCUAGAAGAUUCGGUGAUACCAAAUCCAAAUCUUCUCCAGUUUUGUCAAUUGGCCUUAUAAUUGUGGGAGGCUUGUUUCUCAUUGGUUACUUGUACAGGGGCUCAGGAGGACUUGGAGGCCGUUUAGAUUCCUUUAGCAGGGUUGAAGGUGAUUAUUUGUGCAGUGGAGAGGUCCAACGAGCAAUUCCUGUUUUACAGAAAGCAUAUGGAGAUAGCAUGCAUAAAGUUUUGCAUGUUGGUCCAGACACUUGUUAUGUGGUCUCUAAAUUGCAAAAGGAAGAUGAAACUGAGGCCUGGGGUAUAGAACCGUAUGAUAUAGAGGAUGCCGAUAGUCAUUGCAAAGCACAAAUUCGUAGAGGCAAUGUGCGUGUGGCUGAUAUCAAGUUUCCUCUUCCAUAUAGGCCAAAAUCUUUCUCUCUUGUAAUUGUUUCAGAUACUCUGGAUUACCUUUCCCCCAGAUACCUCAAUAAAACUCUUCCUGAUUUGGUGAGGGUAUCAGCUGAUGGUUUAGUGAUAUUUACUGGUUUUCCAACUAAUCAGAAGGCCAAGGUAGCAGAUGUUUCCAAAUUUGGAAGAGCGGCCAAGAUGAGGAGUGGAUCCUGGUGGGUCAAGUUUUUCCUUCAAAGUAACUUAGAGGAGAAUGAAGCUGUUAAUAAGAAGUUUGAACAAGCUUCAACACAGAAUUCUUAUGUUCCAAAAUGCCAGAUAUUCCACUUGAAGUCACUCCAUUGAUUUGUGAGCUGAUAAAUUGAGUAGCAUUGCAGCACUGAUAGUUGCUGCUUCAUUUUCAUCUAAAACAUUUUCUUCUAUAAUCUUCUAUAAAGGUAAUUUAAUUCAUUGAUAAAUAUUCGCCAUAGAUGGUGUAUCACUUUUGUUGUUGCUUGAAAUAGAUAUUUAUUCUUUGAAAUACCAAUUCUUGGCGGCAAAGGACAAAUCGAUUUGGUAUUUAACUACAUUAUAAGUUGAAUUAGGUGAUCUAUAAUUUAAGUGGCAGUGGCUGUUGUACUGAAGUGAUACUCCUCUUUUUUGUUCUUGAAAUAUAAAUUAAAUAUUGUUAUAUUUGUU